UUCAAAGCGCGCAGAACCCAGAGAAAAAACGCUGAAAUAAAAACCCAGUUAUAAAAACCCGAAAAGACGAAAUUUCAAGACAAAUUCAGUGAGAACACAAGUGCAGUAUACGAUACCAGAACAAAAAAUAAAAUGAUGCACAACAGCAUAGCCCACCUGCUGGGAUUGGGAAUGAUCAUCAUACUACUGAUGUGGAAGCCCACACCCACGGAAAGCUACGCCGUGGGACAGUCGAAGUACGGCAGGAUCGAGAAGUUCCCCUACCAGGUGAUGCUCAUCGGCAAGCAGCUGUGGCGCAAACGCAUUCUGUGUGGCGGCACUCUGCUGGACAGACGUUGGAUCCUAACAGCUGGCCACUGCACCAUGGGCGUGACCCACUACGAUGUGUACCUGGGCACCAAGAGUGUGGAGGAUGUGGAGCAGUCGGGCGGACUGGUGUUGCGUUCCAAUAAGUUCAUCGUCCACGAGCGUUUCAAUCCGGAGACGGCGGCCAAUGACAUUGCCUUGGUCAAGCUGCCGCAGGAUGUGGAGUUCACGUCGAGGAUUCAGCCCGCCUCGCUGCCAAGCAGAUAUCGACAUGACCAGUUCGCGGGCAUGAGCGUGGUGGCCAGUGGAUGGGGCGCCAUGGUGGAGAUGACCAACUCGGACCUGAUGCAGUACACCGAGCUGAAGGUGAUCUCGAAUGCGGAGUGCGCCCAGGAGUACGAUGUGGUCACGGCGGGCGUGAUCUGUGCCAAGGGCCUGAAGGAUGAGACGGUGUGCACUGGUGACUCUGGCGGUCCGCUCGUACUGAAGGACACUCAGUUGGUGGUGGGCAUAACCAGCUUCGGACCCGCCGACGGAUGCGAAACCAACAUUCCCGGAGGAUUCACCCGCGUGACGCACUACCUGGACUGGAUCGAGAGCAAGAUCGGUGGCCAUAGCCCGGCACAUCAGCAGUACCAGCGACCCCAACAGCAACAGCAACAUCACUAUCCUCAUCCCCAUCCACAUUCCCAUCAGUACAGUGAUAACAAUCUCAUUUAGGAUGUCUCCCUGGGGAUCAUCCCACCACUGACUGAAUCUUUAUAGCUUUAUGUUUUUUAAAGAAAUUCUCCCAUCUUGUGAUAUCGAUAGCUCCCAUUGAAAGCUGUACAUUGUUUAUAGCUUUAACUAUUUAAACAUCUAUAUUUAUUUUAGUCGUAAGAGUGAUAGCGGAUAGCGCAGAUGCAAAUCAAGCCGCAAACAAAAAGAGAAAAAAGAGAGCAACAAAUGUUGCAAA